AUGAAUCGUAAACAACAAAUUCAAAAUGUAUUAUUGUUAAAAACCUUUCUAAAUGAGCUUGAAGAAGAGAAACUUGAAGAAGAGGAGAGAACUUUGAGUGAGGAAGAAGAGAGUAAGAUCUGUGGUAAAGCGACAGUAAUGAUAUUGGGAUUUUUUACAAAUAGUUCUUGCAAAUAUCUUUGUAAAGAUUCUCGUAUGAUGCUUAUAGAGCUUGUGAAAGUUCUUGCGAAAGUUCUUGUGAAAGUUCUUGUGGAGAUUUUUGUGGAAAGUCUUGUAAAGGACCUUGUGGAAUUUCUU